AUGCUGAUGUCUCUGCGACCGUUGAAUCAUACCAUUCGAAGUGUCUAUGAUGUUCCAGUAAUUGCACAGCCGGAAAAUGGACGGCCAUCAACACAACGUGUAGUGAAUUUAUCGGCAGUUUACAGGUUGCAUGCGAUGCUGCACAUUGAAAUGCCAGUUCAUUCCUCGACAUUUGAACGCAACCCCGGUAGAUCAGGAGAAAUCGACCUUAACCCAAGGACUUUCGGCUCCAAGUCAGAAUGCGCUCCAAAAGACAAUGAGCUGUUUGAGAUGUUAGCCGACUGCCAUAUCACUGUAAAACAGCCUAUCGAUCCCACGGGUAUAAAAGCCACGAUCAACGGUGCUGAUAGCGAUAUCGAACUUUAA